AUGGAUGGUUUCACAAACCUUCUGCAUAGUCAAAUACCUAUAGACCUUGAAUCACCCGAACCUUAUUGGUUCGGGUCUGAAGUUCCUGCUGAGUCUCCUAGCCAAGUCCCUGCUGAGUCUCCUAGCCAAGUUCCUGCUGAGAGGAGGAAAUAUUCUCCUAGAGAAGAUAAGAUCCUUAUUGUUGCUUGGCUUAACACCAGUAAGGAUCCUAUCAUUGGCAACGAGCAGAGAGUUGGGGCUUUCUGGAAGCGUAUUGUAGAGUACUACAACGCAAGCCCUCUGCUCGUUGGUCAAACAGCGCGAGAGAUUACUUCUUGCAAACAGAGGUGGAGUAGGAUCAACGGGGAAGUAUGCAAGUUUACUGGAUGCUAUGAUGCAGCUUUGAGGGCGCAGAAAAGUGGGGAAAAUGAUGAUGAUCUGAUGAAAGCUGCAUUAGAUAUAUUCUUCACCAAGUAUGGUUACAAGUUCACACUUGAUCACUGCUGGAGGGAGCUGAGGCAUGACCAGAUGGGCCUCGAUUUAUGUGGCUAA